AUGCACAUCAAGAACUUCUGUUUCAUUUUACCUUCAGAGGUGGAUGAACCGCACCAGAAAUUCUAUUCAGCCAAACAGUCCCUUCCUCGAGAAGGCUGCGGUGCUCCGGCUCUUGAUCUCUUUAAACGGCAGAUAAACCGUUUUUUUCGCUCAGGAUGGUUUCCUUGGUGCCACCAUCGGCCGCCGCUUCACAAAGCAUACUUUGACGCGCAAGGAGUCCCGAUGGAGGAGGAGGAGCAGGGCGCCCCAAACCCAAACCCAAGGAUAUUCAGUUACGCCGAACUCUACAUCGGCUCCAGUGGUUUCCACGAGCGCGAAAUUUUAGGCAGCGGGGGCUUCGGACGAGUCUACCGUGCGGUGCUGCCGAGCGACGGCACAGCCGUGGCCGUCAAGUGCCUCGGGGAGGACAACAGGGGUGGCCUCGAGAAGACCUUCUUGGCCGAGCUGGCGGCGGUGGCCCAUCUCCGCCACCGUAACCUCGUCCCCCUCAGGGGCUGGUGCAUCCACGACGGCAGCCUCCUCCUCGUGUACGAUUACAUGCCCAACCGAAGCCUCGACCGAGUCUUGUUCGGGAAAACGGCCAAUUCCCUUUCUUGGGAAAAGAGAAAGAGGAUUGUCGCCGGCUUGGCGGCGGCCCUGCACUACCUGCACCACCAGCUCGACACGCAGAUAAUACACCGUGACGUGAAGUCUAGCAAUGUCAUGCUCGAUUCCGAUUUCAACGCACGGCUGGGGGACUUCGGGCUGGCCCGGUGGCUGGAGCACGGCCUCGCCUACGAGGCCAACGCCUCCAAUAGAAUGUUUCGGGUGGCAGAGAGCUCGAGAAUCGGGGGGACGAUUGGGUACCUGCCUCCGGAGAGCUUCCGGAAGAGAAGCAAGGCAACCGAAAAAUCGGACGUCUUUGGGUUCGGGAUAGUCGUACUGGAAAUUGUGUCAGGCAGACGAGCCGUGGACUUGACCCGCCCUGACGACCGCAUAGUCCUCCUCGAUUGGAUCAGACGGCUUUCAGACGAGGGAAGGGUUAUAGAAGCAGGGGAUGCUCAGAUUCGGGAUGGGUCAGACGUGGAGCGGUUCUUACGUCUCGGGCUUCUCUGCACUCUUCACGACCCUCAGUCCCGGCCAAGUAUCAAGUGGGUCGUUGAAUUUCUCUCCGGGAACGUAGACUUUGAGAAACACCUCCAUCUCCCGUCUUUCCUUACCCAACCACUUUACAUCUCUAUAUCUUCCUCCCCUAUCACGAGUACUUUCAACACGCAGACCACAAAUUCUUCCCAAACGGCAAGCGUCCGUACAAGAAGCCUACGCCACUCGUCGACAAACUCCGAAACCAUCUACUUCACCGCCGAGUCCGAGAUGAGAAACGAAAACACAUCAUUUCCCGUGAUCGAGACCCCGAGACCCAUAACCUACGACGAGAUCGCGUCCGCCACAGACGACUUCUCAGACGCCCACCGGUUGGCGGAGAUCGACUUCGGAACGGCCUACCGCGGCCUCCUCGAAGGCAGCCGCCACAUCAUCGUGAAGAGGCUCAGGAUGAAGACGUGUCCCGCCCUGCGCAUGCGGUUCGCGGACGAGCUCCGGAACGUGGGGAGGCUCCGCCACAGGAACCUCGCGCAGCUCCGCGGGUGGUGCACCGAGCGCGGGGAGAUGCUCGUGGUGUACGACUACUCGCCGAGCCGCGUCCUCAGGAACACGCUCCCCCGUUUGAGCUGGCGCCAGAGGUACGACAUCGUCAAGUCCCUCGCAUCCGCAAUCCGCUACCUCCACGAAGAGUGGGACGAACAGGUGAUCCACCGGAACAUAACCUCCUCCGCAGUGAUGCUCGACCGGGAAGCAAACCCGAGGCUCGGCUCGUUCGCGCUUGCCGAGUUCCUGACGAGGAACGAGCACGGAGGGCCACAUGAAAUCAUCACGGCGGAUGAGAAGAAAAAGUCGGUUCGGGGGAUUUUUGGGUAUAUGUCGCCGGAGUACAUGGAGUCCGGGGAGGCGACAGCGGCGGCUGACGUGUACAGCUUCGGGGUGGUGGUGCUUGAGGUGGUGACGGGGCGGGCAGCGGUGGACUUUCGGGAACGGGAGGUGAUGUUGGUGGGGAGGGUGCGGAGGAAUGAGGAGUUGGUGGAUUGGAGAUUGGGUGGGGAGUAUGACGGGAGGGAAAUGGAGAGGCUGGUGAGGUUGGGUUUGGCGUGCACGAGGUCCGAGCCGGAGUUGAGGCCGAGCAUGAGGCAGAUAGUGAGUAUAAUGGAGGGUUACGAUCAGUGGCUUUCAGAGACAAGAGGGUUGAAGCAAGAGGGGAUACAGGAAUGGAAACAGAGGAAUGCAUCUUCUCUCUCUCUUGUCAGGAGGAUUCAAGCUCUUACCAUACACUGA